UUAAGGCCUCUAUAAACUCAUAAAAUGAGCUAUAAAUAGGUGAUGAGCUUGCCUAACUUCCUUUACAAAUACCUACCCAACCGGACCUUGUGUUCAGUGUUCUAACAUCACCUACGUUAGCAAAGAGUAGGGGAAAGAAAGAUGGUGGCCGAUCAUUUCAGCGGCGGCGGUUGUGGUUGGCGAGAUAUAAAGACAUUCGGGUUGAAACUGAUUUUGGGACGGUGGUUCAUGGUGUUUGCUUCACUGCUUAUCAUGUCGGUAUCUGGCGCAACAUAUAUCUUCGGUCUAUACUCCAAUGUUAUUAAAACAUCUUUGGGAUAUGAUCAAACAACCCUCAAUCUUUUAAGCUUUUCCAAGGACUUGGGUGGCAACGUUGGGAUCCUAUCGGGGCUCAUCAAUGAGGUUACGCCGCCGUGGGUGAUUCUCUUGAUCGGGGCCGUCAUGAAUUUCUUCGGAUAUUUCAUGAUAUGGCUCGCCGUCACCGGCCGCACCGCUAAGCCCCAUGUGUGGCAAAUGUGCGUUUAUUUCUGCUUAGGUGCCAAUUCCCAGGCCUUCGCCAAUACUGGGGCUCUGGUCACUUGUGUCAAGAACUUCCCUGAAAGCAGGGGAAGUGUUUUAGGCCUUUUGAAAUCUUAUGUAGGUCUAAGUGGUGCAAUAUUGACGCAGUUAUACCAUGCUUUUUAUGGGGACAACUCAAAGGCUCUUAUCUUGCUGAUAGCUUGGCUCCCUGCGGCUGUUUCGUUUGUGUUUCUUCGGACGAUUCGAAUCAUAAAGAUCGUUCGAAGGCAAACAAACGAGCUUAGAGUUUUUUAUAACAUUUUAUUCAUUUCUCUUGGACUUGCUGUUUUCCUUAUGGCUUUAAUCAUCGUACAAAACAGGUUAAGUUUCAAUAGGAUCGAGUAUGUCGGAAGUGCUUCCAUUGUUUCUAUAUUGCUGUUUUUCCCACUUGCGGUCGUUAUCAGAGAGGACUUCAAGAUUUGGACAACAAAGAAACAAGCUUCGAAUGAUGUUUUCCAGGUGAAAGUAGUGACGGAAAAUCCACCUGCGCCGGCCGUUGAGUUAGCAACACCACCGCAAACGGUGAUAUCUGCAGGCGGAGAUCCUAAACCUGCGGAAAAACACGACGGUUGCUUGGAAAACAUUUUCAAGCCUCCAGACAGGGGUGAAGACUACACCAUAUUGCAAGCACUUUUCAGCAUCGACAUGUUGAUUAUCUUCAUCGCCACCACAUGCGGUGUCGGAGGAACGUUGACGGCGAUCGACAACUUGGGUCAGAUUGGCAACUCAUUAGGCUACCCGAGUCAUAGUAUAACCACUUUCGUUUCGCUCGUAAGCAUAUGGAACUACCUGGGACGAGCGGUCGCCGGUUUCGCUUCCGAAUACUUGUUGACGAAAUACAAGAUACCAAGGCCAUUGUUGUUCACUUUCGUGAUUCUCUUGUCUUGUGUCGGACAUGUUUUAAUCGCUUUUGCAGUCCCAAACUCUCUUUACUUUGCUUCAAUCAUUAUCGGAUUCUGUUUCGGAGCACAAUGGCCAUUAAUGUACGCCAUCAUCUCCGAAAUUUUCGGCCUUAAAUACUACUCCACGUUGUACAACUUCGGUUCCGUGGCUAGUCCCGUCGGUUCUUACAUUCUGAACGUUAAAGUAGCCGGACAUUUAUACGACCAAGAGGCUUUGAAACAAUUGAAAGCUUUGGGUCGUACGAGGAAUCACGGGGAGGACUUGACUUGCAAUGGAGGGCAGUGUUACAGAAAGGCUUUUCUUAUAAUUAUAGCCACCACAUUGUUUGGAUUCCUUGUUUCUGGUAUUUUGGUCAUUAGGACCAGAAGCUUUUACAAGAGUGACAUUUACAAGAAAUUCAGGGAAGAAGCUCAGGUUGCCGAAACAGACAUGGGCUCAAGUUCAACUUCAAAACAAACUCACUCCAUGUCUACUACAGCUGCUUCAACUACCUCACCCAACUGACUAAAUAGUUCUAAACAUUUUAAUCUUUGCUUAAUUCAGCCUGUGUUAUCAGUUCUCUCUCUCUCUUUCCUUGGGAAGCAUACCCUUUUGCAAGAUCUAAGCUUUAAUAUUGAACUUGUAAGAACUUAUGAAGGAGUACUCGACUUUGGCCACGUGAAUUUGGACAUUAUAUGAUUUUUAGAUUUGAAA